AUGCAUGCAGUUGGUCCUUUGGGUCAGCAUCAGCAGUGUUAUCAGCUAUGUGCGCAGCCAACAGAUAUAUGCGAGAACCCCGGCGGCCGGGCCGGGCUGGGCAAGACCCGUCCGUUCGUCGUACCCAUCCGUGAUGGAGCACCCCGGGCACCGUUCUUAUUAUUAUUCACGACGGAACCGGAACUAGGCCAGUCGUCUGUGGACCCAAAAAGGCUGGGGAACACUACCAGUGUUUCCAACUUUUUGGGACCACAGACUGGAAGUUUUGUGCACAUCAUGCACCCAUUGUUUAUACAUUUCCUUGACAACCUGGUUUCAGUGACCAGGAAGCAAUUGAUCAGGCCGCAGAAUGUGAAUGGAGUUUGUGAGCUCUUCAACACUUCAUUGUGUGACCCAACCAACAGCAACUCUUUGACUUGGGGAGCAGCUGGAUGGAGCUACCAUGAUGUUGCCAACACCUAUGGACAACUGACCUCACAGACCAUGCUCAACUACUCUGCCUGCACAACCCAAGGAUUUUGUGCAAAGACCUGUGCAAGGAUAAUGGGACAACCCUGUAACAUGAACUCCCAGUGCUUGGCAACCACUGAAGGCAGUGGAUGUGACCUCACACUGGCCUCUCCCACUUGUCAAUGCUUGACAGGAACUUAUGUUAUAGUCAAAAAACUCAAUGACUCCUGUGCUGACAACCAAGAAUGCCUGGCAUCUCUGCCAAACUCUCAGUGUGGAGCCACAGGCAAAUGUGAAUGUGACAGCUUGCAUGUUGCCUACAACAGCUCUUAUUGCAUGUACAGCAAGAUUCUGGGUGAUGCUUGUAGCAACAACAGGGAAUGCACCACAACAAUAUUGGACUCAGUGUGCUCCAGCAAGACAUGUGUGUGUCCUGCUCCAAUGGUUUCUUACAAUACCACAGCUUGCAUGACCCCACUGGCCUAUGGAGACACUUGUGCAAAUACCCAGGAAUGUGCAGUUAGUGUUGCAAACACAGUUUGUUCAAGCAGCUUGACUUGUGAAUGUACCACAGGUUACACAUGGAGUCCCACAACCUCUGAGUGUCUACAGGAUAAGAUACUCAACUCAACAUGUAGCAGAGCCAUAGAGUGUUCAUUGAAAAUCCCUGGAGCCACAUGCAAUGGAAACAAAUGUGUUUGUACAACAGGAACUGUUGCUUACAACCAGACCACCUGCAUGACAGACAGAAUGCUGAACUCAACCUGCACCAGAGCAGUGGAGUGCUCUGUCACCAUACCAGGGGGAGCCACUUGCACUGCCAAUAAAUGUGUUUGCAGUUCUGGAACAGUAGCAUAUGAUCAGUCACUCUGUAUGACCCCUAUAAGCUUUGAGAACAGGAUGAAUCAGAGGAGUUUCAGAAAUCACCUGAUGCCAGGCGACACCUGUGGAGCAACCAUAACAACUAGUGCUCUGCUGGUCCUUGCCCUGGACAAGGAAUGCGCCAAUACCAGGGCUCCAAGGGCAUAG